AUGUUCAUAUCUAUCUAUCUAUCUAUCUAUCUAUCUAUCUAUCUAUCCUCUGCCAAAUCUAUAAAUCUCAUUCUAUACAGAUUAUAUACACAAGUGACAUGCAGUUUUUAUUCGAACGUCCGCACACUACCACGCAAAUCACGCGCCUGUCAUUCACUCUCUCACAGACGCGCCGUCGCCUCUCUCUCUCUUUUCUACAAACACUUCCAUGGCUCCUCUCUAAAAAGAUUCAUAACCUUUUUUUUUUUGUGGUGGAGGGUAUUCUUCCUCCUUGCACAGGUGUUGACAGGUAACAUUUAUGUCAGUGUCUAUUUUCAAUCGUUGCAUUUAUCUGUACCCAACUCCACCACAACCACGUUAGGUCCCUUAUCCCUCUAUAUCUAUAUAACUCCCUCCUCUAGUCUAGGCCAAUUCUUACUCCCUCUCCUUUUAUUCUUUCCUCUUUUUUUUUUCCUUUUUUCCUUUCGUUGCCUGUCAAAUUUCCUUGUAUCGGUUACUUUUAUCUAUCUAUCUAUCUAUCUAUCUAUCUAUCUAUCUAUCUAUCUACAUAAUUUAAUUAUCUAUCUCAUUCAUUUAAAUAUCUAUCUAAUUCAAUUAAAUAUCUCUCUAUUCCUCUCUAUUCCACUCUCUCUCUCUCUAUCUAUCUAUCUCAUUCACUGA